GGAAGGGGGGUGGAGGUGGGAGGAGCCAGCGUACUGCUGCAGCUGUCCAUGGUUGCGUAGUGGGAACCAGAGAGGGUCCGGGUACGUGCGAGAUGCAGCCAUAGUCACGCUCCACUGUCUUAACAUUAUAACCUGCCGGGGAUCGUUAGUUCUGCAGCGCAUCAGAGCCGACUGAAAGUUUGUGGACGUGAGACAUCAUGGCUGAACAGCAGAGGCAGCGCUCUCUGUCCACCGCCGGUGAGUCUCUCUACCAUGUGUUGGGAGUCGAGAAAGUGGCCACGACGGAUGAUAUUAAGAGAUCUUACAGGAAACUGGCGUUGAAGUUCCACCCUGACAAGAAUCCUGACAAUCCAGAGGCAGCUGAUAAGUUCAAGGAGAUCAACAACGCUCAUGCAAUCCUGAACGACCCCACAAAGCGUAAUAUUUACGACAAAUAUGGCUCCCUGGGUCUAUAUGUGGCUGAGCAGUUUGGAGAGGAGAACGUCAACACUUACUUUGUCCUUUCAAGCUGGUGGGCGAAGGCUCUGUUUGUAUUCUGCGGCCUGGCCACCGGCUGCUACUUCUGUUGCUGCCUGUGCUGCUGCUGUAACUGCUGCUGUGGAAAAUGUAAACCACGGCCUCGAGAGGGCCAGGACCAGGAAUUUUAUGUGUCCCCCGAGGACCUGGAGGCUCAGCUGCAGUCUGACGAAAGAGUAGAGGCUGGAGGUGACCCUAUAAUGCUGCAACCAUCAGCCACAGAGACGACCCAGUUAACAGCGGAUGGGCACCACUCCUACCACACUGACACCGGCUUCAACUAACCGUCUGUACCCUCCGUCAAAUCCUGGCCUGCGGCCCUGCCUGCUUCCCUGCUCCACCUCAGCGAGAUGAAAGAAAAAGGGGCAAUCCAUCUUUCCUCUUCAGAACGAGAGCCAUGCAGGAGGAGAGGGACUAGUAAGCAUGGCCCAUGAAAGGAACUAUUGAAGUCACAUCCCCUUACACACCCUUCCCUGAUUGGUCCACAACUUAUUUAACCCCCCCUUGUCCCUCCAAGUACGAGAAGAAAAGAGAAACAACUCGAUUGUUUCAUUUUUAUUUCUUCUUUUGUAUUUCUUGGCCUUUAACCACACACAGAUCGCCUAACCCACUGUCCCUCUCCUACAUUUUGCAUCAUGGUGUAGCAUGCACAGUUUAUAAAACAUGGUCUCCAGGUUUUAUUUCAUGUUUAGCGACAUUUUUACUUUGCAAGACUCAUAAUGUAGUACGUGCAAUAUGUUCAAACGAAUACAGUUCAUAAUGGAGGAGGAGGAGGAGGAGGAGGCGGCGGCGUUUACGUGAUAUUUUAUGCUAAAGGAGAGGAGAGCCAUGGCUCAGGGAGGUGCUGGUUAGAGUUUGCAGAGGUAGUCGGUGCCAUCGUUAAACCUUCACUUACAGAGUUGUCAUGUAUUAGUGCAAUUUUUCCACUUCCUCUUUGUAACCAGUACUGUUUCAUUGUCAGACCUCCAGUCCAACGUCUCUGGCACUGCUUGUCUAGCUCCCCUUUUCACUUUGAUCAUGAGGUUGUUAAGGCGCACAGCUUUAUUUGCAGACAUCGCUUCAUGAAUGCCUGCUGACAUAACAUUCCCACGUUAGUUAUUAAUUAGUAUCGGCUUGUCCUUUCCUCUCUGCCUCAGCUUUAUUUCAGCUCAUUCUUGCAGGAUAGAGACGUCUCUCCUGUCUCUCCCUGCAGCACUGAACAGGUCGUCAAGGUAACUUUUAUGUCGAUUCAUGAUUUCUCUUAUUAUGCAUCUGUGUUGAUCCGUUCUCCUCAGCCAAACUUAACAGGAAAUUAUGUUUUUUUCAUAGUUUUUUCUACCUGAUUUGUCACAGAUCCAUAAAUUAGAAGCAUUAAAAUCAUCUAGUUUACAUGUUUUAUUCGUCUAAAGUUUGGCAAAGUAUCUAGACUCUUGGAAAAUGAUGAUGGAUUUCUGCAGUUUAGUUUUUGUGUGUUUGUUCACAUCAUUGACACUGAAAUAUAUUUAUUUCAUCUAAUUACUGCAGAUAUUUUGGAUUACUUAUUGAUCUAUAUGAAGCCAAGGAGCUCCAGCAGGUAAUCUAGCCGGCUCUGAUCAGAGCUGUUCAUAGGUAGAAAUUACAGCAGCUCUGGUUCAGAGGGUGACAUGUUUUUAAACUCUGAGCUGUCUUGAAUAUGUUCGAUAGUUAGUGUCAUGUGGAAAAAAAAGAAAACAUGUUUCACUCUCUUCAUAGCUGGGAAAUAAAGCUGACUACAGAGCAGCCACAUGGGGAUAUUUUAAGUAGUGUGAAAUCUUGAUUUUCAUCAUGUUUUUAGUCCUUGUGUUUUGAAGUCUGAUGACAUUUCGUCCGAUGCUGUGAUCGUUUAUCAUUGUCAACCUUUUUGAAUCCAUGUAGAGUAAGAAGCUCGUACGGCAUAUCAUCCGUGAGCCAGUGCUACAGGCAGCUCCGAGUGAAAACAAGAUUUUUUCAUACUACUGAAUUUGCCACACAUUUAUUGCCAUAAAUUGCCAUGAACAUCUUUGCCACUUCGUCAGUUUCAUAACUGCUAAAAUAAUGUGUUUUAAAUGGUUUACAAAUUGGUGAGCUCCUGUCGCCCACCCUCUGCUAUUAACGGUAUGGAUGUUGACCUCUGUGGCCCUUGUAUGAUGUUUCCUGUAACCUUUGAUGAAACAUAGAUGUUCCUGUCAUGGCUUUUUCAUUGAGAUACUGAAAAAUGCUACUGUAAAUGUUCUAAGUUGAAUGCACUGUGUGUUUAAAGAAAAGAAAAAAACUAUAAUGGAUCAAUGAUCAGGAAAUUACUCCAUAAAAAGACAACAUAGUAUACAGUAUAGUGUAACUAUAGUGAAAUGGUUAUAUGAUGCAUUUUCUGAAUUUUAUUUAUUUCAUACUUGUUUCAAAUGAUGAUUGGCUAUAAUUUUAACUGGUAUGGUGUUGUAAUAAUGUAACCAUUACAUUUUUAGCAAGGAAUGGUUUAAUGGUUAAGGUUGCUUGUACAUACACUUGGCCCAUAUAAAGUAUAAACCUUAACGUUUAUGUUGUAGCAUGGUAAUUGUGUGUCUGGAAGAAAACAAGUGGAUCAUUGAUCUGAUUUGCUGUUGUUGAAUAAAUGUUCCUGAACAUUGUGUCCUCA